AUGAUAGUGCACAUUUAUCAAUCCCUCCUCCUACUCUUGUUAAAAAAUAUUUACAUCACCACAGUAAUUAGGAGUAAAGCAGUUGAAGCACAUAAAAUGAGGAGGAACAUCAUGACCAGAAAGAACUCUUGCGUUAAAACUGAAGGUGUAGUAGUAAUGGGAGGAAAAAAUGAAACCCGCAAGAAAGGCCUUACCCAUUUAUUCGUACAUACCAUCAAUGGGGACAAAAAAAGGGUACUUAAGAAAGUCAAAAAAGAAUGUAGAAGAGGGGGAAUCAAGCGGGAGGGGAUGAUGGUUUGCGUCCAUCCUCCAAACGGAAGCGACACAAAGAGUAUGAAGGUGCAGAAUGUAUCCAGUGGAACUCCAUACUUUGUAAUAAAAAACUUCCAACUCAAGUGGAAAAAAAUUAAUGUGAGCAAAAAUGAGCUACAACUAAAAUAUUGCUUCUUGAUUGGACAGGAAUUUUGUUUCAGCGAAGUGUGUAGGGAUACCUACAUCGGGUUGGUGAAUAAAAAAAUUUACCUCUUUAAGGAGACGGACGAGGGGAUCUUCUACCAGUUCGUUUAUGAUCGGAGCGGUGCGUCCACUGCUACACUUAGCGGUACAUGCACUAACGGAAAGGAAAAAAAGGAGCGACAAAGUAACAACCCAGACAGUGCACACACGAACGAUCAACACGACCAAGAUGUAAGCGACUUUUUCAAUCUACAAUUUCCUUUAAAUAAACACAUAGAGAUGUGGAAAAGAAAAGACAAAAGGAUGAAAGAAAUUACAAAUAAAAUUAGGGGGUUGAGAAUAUUAAAGGCUAACUCCGUGGAAUCAUUUUUCUCCUUUCUUUGUUCUACUAAUAAUAACAUUCCCAGGAUAACGCUCAUGAUAGACUGCCUCAGGAGGCGCUACGGAAGCUUCCUCGCCACAGUCAUUUUCUGCGGCCAGGAUGUGCUGGUGAAGGUUAGGGAGGACGGGGACGCAGCAGGGGUUGCCUCUAUUAGGAGUCAACAGGACGUUGGCGUGAUGAAGACGGAUCAACGGCGCGUCCGCCUCAAGCGCGAUGAGACACAAUCAGUGCGAGUUAAAGGGGAGCCCCUCCAAAAUGGGGACCCAGCGGAGGGGGAACGAUCAUCCAUUUCCCCACUGAAGAAGGAACCGCAAAUGCGCGUUCGCGUGAAGGAGGAGUACCCACAAAAUGGGGAAGAAGAGGCGGAACAAAAUAGACACGUUGAAGACGCCGAGAGAGGGAAGAACAGAAUCUUCUACGAGAACCUAAAAACGGUCAUCAAGGAGGAAAGGCAGAUGAAGAUUUUUCCCUUUUAUGAAUUCCCAAGUAUAAAAAUAAUAUCCAAGUUGAAGGAGGAAGAUUUAAGGAACUUAGGUUUCGGCUAUAGAAGUAGCUACGUUAUUGAAAGUGCGAAAAUGUUAGUGGAAAGAGGAAGUGAAGAAUGGAUUGAGGAUCUUAAAAAGGAGAAAAAGACAAAAAAUUGCAUUGACCAAUUAAUACUCUUCCCAGGUAUAGGACUCAAAGUAGCCAAUUGCAUUUGCCUCUUCGGUUUAAAUAAAUUUGACUGUAUUCCCAUAGACACACACAUAUAUGACAUCAUUUACAAGUACUACCAAAACAUUGUGGAGUCUGAGUGCGCGCCGAUUUCGCGUGGCACUGCGGUUGGGGUGGAUAAGGUGGUGAAUGGGGUGAAUGGGGCGAGCAGGGCGAAUGCCGCUGGAGCAACUCCGAUAAAAGGUAAGAAGAAGGCGAAGACAACCACUAGACAGGACACGCCCACUUGUGGCGAACACGUGCUCAAACGGGAAGGUGAUAAAGGGACAAAACCCAAUUCGAAAACAAAUCCUUCCAAGACGCAGAAGAAGGCCCUGACAACUUCUCUCUACAUCAGGCUGUACACAAGACUGAAGGACUUACUGGGGCCAAAUUGCGGGUGGGCACAAACCAUCCUUUUCGUGUCCGAGUUGAAAAAGUUCAGCCACCUGUUUGAGUAG